UGCUUCUUUAUGACGUGUUGCGUCAUUCUACCAAACACGAAAGGCUUCUGGAAGAUUUCACAUGUCGAUCCAUAAAAACACUACGUCGCUCUUCUUAAGAUGAAGAAAGAAAAUCUAAAACAAAAAAUGGUUAUGUUUUCUGCGCUAUUCUAGGACUGGAUUUUAGGCUAUAACACUUCUUAUCGAGGAAUCUUGGACUAACGUUAGGCGAUUGCCUCUCGUCGAGAGUCAAGAUGCCAGUGGACAGAAUGAGAAUGCGCCCCUGGUUGGAGCAACAGAUUACCAGCGGGGAAAUUCAAGGUCUUCUCUGGGUCGAUAAGGAUAAAAGGAUAUUUCAGAUACCGUGGAUGCAUGCAGCCAGACAUGGAUGGGAUUUGGAAAAGGAUGCACCUUUAUUUAAGAACUGGGCCAUUCACACAGGAAAGUAUCGUCCAGAUAUUGACAAACCAGAUCCUAAGACGUGGAAGGCAAAUUUCCGUUGUGCUAUGAAUUCUCUACCAGAUAUUGAGGAAGUGAAAGAUCUAAGCAUGAAGAAAGGAAGCAAUGCUUUCAGAAUGUACAGGAUGCUUUCCUCAUCCGAAAAAGCAGCUAAGAAAGGGAAGAAAAAGAUGGACCUGGAGCAAAGAGCAAAGGGUUUUCAGAAACGGAAAGCUGGCACUCCCAGAAAAAUUAAAAAUCUAAAAGGACAGUUUGAAGCAGAGUUAGAAAGAAAGAUAGAAACUUCACCGGACAGCACUGUGCUAUUUGCUGAGCAGGAGAGCUCCUCUGAACUACAUGAUGUGUGUGCAGUUGUUGAGGUGGGAACAGAGAAUGAAGAACCUGGGGUUUGCCCUGUUGAAGUGUCUCUGCCUCUCCAGGACUCCCAUGUUUCUGGUUCCUCCCAUGAGAGUGACACAGAGAGCACAUACAGCGACGAAGACUUGGUACAGCUUCCUCAGGAUCUGUCCAUAAAAGCUAGAACAUCAUGUAGUUCUGUAUUAAGGAUCCCACCAUCCAAUUCCUCACCAAACACAUUUUUCACAUCGGAGAAAACAAAUUUCAGAGUAACCAGCUGCAGAGAGGACUCGCCCCUAAUUGCUUAUAACACUCCUCCAUGGUUUCCCUGCCCGUUUAAUUUCCAAACUGUCACAGACGUGCGACCCUCAAGCCCUGCCCAAAAAGCAGAUCUCACCAGCAGCCCGACUUCUCAGGCCAGUGUGAUGGCUAAUGCUGUGGACCUCUCUGUUGCAAAAAACAAAACACUACAAUGAAGACACGUGAAAUGCGCAACCUGCUGCUGUUCAGCUGAUGAACUUGCAACCCAUAAUCCAAUAAUAAUCAACAGGUCUCAGACUUGUCUUGAUGUUCAGCUUUUAAAACCAAACCGUUUUAAAUCCGUUAUACUAGAUCAUUAUAUUUCUGAAAUAUUUUGAAACACACUACCUCAUUCUCAUAUUUGUAUUAAAUAUGUAACUUGUAGAACUACCUCACAGAUGCACAGAUUCUAGAUCAUAGAAGUCGGCGGUGUAAACUAGUAAUAAUACAGCAUUGGGAGCAGAACUAAGUGUAGAACGCUGAGUAUUAAUUUAACUUUUCAGUAACAUUUCAUACUUGUGACAGCAGAACAAUCAAAAAUGAAAUUGAAAAGUUUCUGGAGAUUUGCAUUAAUGUUUUUCUACAGGCUAUAGCACAAUAUUGAGAUCAGAGUUUUUGAAUGAUUUUUGUUUGUUUUUUUAUGAAUUUGCCAUUGUCAAUUAUAUUACAUAAAUAUUGAACUGCCUAGAGACCUUUUUUAGUUCUCUCAUGUCAGUGGGACUUCAAAUACUUGAAUAGAGACGCUCAACUAAUUAAGAGUUGUAUAUUAACUUGACAAACCGUUUUCCUUUGUGCUCUGAACAUGUUUCAGUGUAAUUGAGAUUUGCUAAAGUUUCUUCAAUAAGCUAUUUUUAUACAACAGUCAAUAAUGUGGAUAAGAAAUACAGAUUUAAAAGGAAAUAUAAAAACAGGUUUUAUUGUAGUGUCUAAAUUAUUAAAAACAUUUCACAAUACAAAAUCAUCUCACUCAUUUGGUGUAUGAUGUACACUAAAGUAGUGGUUCAAAGUGUUAGUAGUGGCACUAGUUAAAAAGAUGAAUGUGCAAGAGAAAAGCAAUCUUUGUGGUUGCUGUAUCUUACUUGAUUUUACAAUAGACGAAGGAUAAAUGGAAAUGCUUUACAACUCAGACUGUGUGUGUGUGUGUGUGUGUGAACUGUGUAGUAUGCAGUGGCCUAAAUAAUAUUCUUGGUUUUCUCAUGUCUCUCAUGUUAUUCAUUUUGUCUCAUUUCAUUUUGUACUGUACAAGACUAGUGGUGUACAAUUUCAUGUUAUUAAUGGUGCUCUUUUUAUAACAAAAUUUUGUACAUCUAUAAGAAUUACAAGUAUGUUUCACUUAACUAAGGACAA